AGGCUCUUUUUCAUUUGGACUCCUGUGGUCUUCCUUGUGCCCACGGGUGUCAAGAAAGCAUCUGGAUUAAGAUCAACGGAAGCUGUCACAUGGACUGUUCCUAUUGGGAUCUCUGGUCACCAGGAACAUCUACUGCAAAUCUAACAAAAACUAAACGCUUCAUUUUAUAUUUUGUGCAGUCCAAGAAAGGAAGAAGAGUCAAGUGGUUUCGUGUGCUCCAGGUUCAUAUUCAGCAUACAUUACAGGCAGCACAUGUUUCUGAUCUCCAGACACUAUUAUUUUACAUCUCCACCUUAUUGGACCUCUGCUUGUUCGUCAUCAGGCAAAUCGGAGAGAACUCAGAUGAGCUGUGGUUUACUCCCCUAUGUUUUUCACAUGGUCCUGGAGUGACAAUUAAGAAAACAUCUGUUGGUCUAAAGAACAUUGAACUCUGCACAGACUCCAGUUUUAGCCCAAUGGCCGGUAAGGACAUUACAAAGAGUGGGGAAUGUCAAAAGGAGGUUCACACUGUGACUGAAGCUUUGAAGAAUCUAUACCGGCAGAAGUUGCUCCCAUUGGAGAAGUACUAUGGAUUCUCUGACUUCCACUCAGCAAGCCUUGAAGAUGCUGAAUUUAGCAACAAGCCCAUGAUCCUGGUGCUGGGUCAGUGUUCAACAGGCAAGACCACUUUUAUCAGAUAUCUUUUAGAACAAGACUAUCCAGGAAGCCGAAUAGGCCCGGAACCUACGACAGACAAUUUUACAGCUAUAAUGCAUGGAGAGAUUGAGGGAAUCAUUAAUGGCAAUGUUUUAACCGUAGACUCUACUAAGCCCUUCCGCAAACUCAGCCCAUUUGGAACCGGCUUCCUCAAUCGAUUCCAGUGUGUACAUUUACCCAACCGAGUUCUAGAGAGUUUCAGCAUUAUCGACACACCAGGGAUUCUGUCUGUGGCCCAAUGCAAAAUGAGUAGAGGAUACGACUUUCCAGCUGUUAUUCGCUGGUUUGCUGAGCACGUAGACCACAUCAUCCUUUUGUGUGACGCACAUAAACUUGAUAUCUCGGAUGAGUUCUCGUGCACUGUGAUGGCAUUGCGUGGCAACGAGGACAAGCUCCGAGUGGUGCUCAACAAAGCCGACAUGGUGGAUUCCCAAGAGCUCAUGCGAGUGUAUGGCGCCCUCAUGUGGUCACUCGGGAAAGUGUUCUGCACUCCGGAGGUUCUUAGGGUUUACAUUGGGUCUUUCUGGUCCUCUCCAAUGCGCGUGACAGACAACAGAAGGCUAUUCGAGAGGGAGGAGGAGGAUGUUUUUGCAGAUAUUCAGAACCUUCCACGGAAUUCCGCAUUGAGAAAACUCAAUGAUCUGGUCAAACGAGCACGGCUUGUGAGGGCACACGCUUACAUCAUUAGCUCUCUAAAAGAAGAGAUGCCUUUGGUUUUCUGCAAACAGAAGAAGAAGAGAGAUCUUAUCUAUGACCUCCCCAUCAUCUUUUCAAGAGUCCAACAAAGGCACCAGAUUUCAGCUGGAGAUUUUCCAGACUGUGCAAAGAUGCAGGAGAGACUCAUGAGUCAUGACUUCACCAAGUUUAAAGCCCUCAAACCUAAACUCCUAGCUGGUUUUGAUGAGCUCCUAAACACCGACAUUGCCAAGCUUAUGCCUCUUCUAUGCCAAGAGGAACAGGAAGCCGCAAACCAACACGUGAUUCAAGGGGGACCUUUUCUACAUAGUACCAACAGGGGCCCUUUUAUAUUAGGUAACCCUUUUGAUCACUAUGGACCUGACAGAGAAAUUCAUCAUGUCUCAGAAGAUGAAGAAUGGGUGGUGUCAAGUGAUAAAUCCAAGUAUGAUGAGAUCUUUUACAACUUAUCGCCUCAUGAGGGCAAGCUGAGUGGGACCAAAGUAAAGGGCUGGAUGAUGAGAACUCGCCUACCCAGGUCAGUCCUGGCACGAAUCUGGAAGCUGUCAGAUGUGGACUGUGAUGGUAAGUUGGAUGAUGAAGAGUUUGCUUUGGCCAGCCAUCUCAUUGAGGUGAAGUUGGAGGGUUUCGGGCUUCCCCGUGAGCUGCCUGCACAUCUGGUGCCACCUACUAAAAGACAACGCAAAAACUUGAUCCCAGAUAAAGGAGACAAUGAAUAGUGUUUUAAUGUUUAUUAUGCCAUUUUAAUGUUUAUUAUGACGGAAUUAUACUAAACUGAAAAUUAGUCUAACAACUCUUGAGAGAGUAAGAUAUCUAAUUUCUCUGUUCGAAUGGUAUCUCAAAUGACAUGUUGUUUUGCUGGUUUGUAUUACCAAAGGGCAGGGCACAGUUUGUUUUGUGGUCUGUGUUGUGCGGUAGCCUAGAUAUCCCAUUGAGACUGUUGCUAUGAAACCCAUACUGGAAACAUAAAACACUUCAGUAUUUGUUAUCUUUUCUUUUUUACCAUAGUGUCUUAUAGUAUAUUUUAUAAAAUGUAACAGUCAACUUGGUUUGACUGUUUUUUAAUAAAUAAUUGAACCAAAAUGAGAUGUGCACUAAUUUGUCUUAACGUUUGGGCACAAUGUGCAACAUUAUAUAACAAAUAGGGAGGGCAUAACC